UUCUAAUGAAAUCCAAGGUUGCUGCUCCUAACCUCCUGAGGGCCCUGCAUUCUCUGUACCAGUUCGGUCACCUCUGUGAUGUGACAGUUCACACACAACAUCUCGGAAUUCAGGAGGAGUUUCUGGUUCACAAAGCUGUCUUGGCAGCUUCCAGCAACUAUUUCAAGGGGCUUUUCCUGCAUGAUGAGAUGCUGGACACCAAGAAUUGCACAGUGACUCUACAAGACAUUUACACAGAAGAGUUCACCUCCUUCCUGGAGUUUGUUUACACUGCAGAAGUGGAGAUUGAAGCAGAAAAACUGCAACGGAUGAAAGAAAUAGCUGAAAGACUUGAAUGCAAGGAUUUGCUUGACAUUUGUGAAGAAGUGAAAGCAGAGGGCAGGAAGGGGCUAGAUCUGAGCCUCCAUCUGAAAGGUCAGCUGUGUGAAAAUGGUGCACCACAGUGGACUCGCAUCCAGCAAGAGGAGGACCACAAACUGAGUAACUCUUCCCAAGUUGUGGCAAUACCCAUGCAGAGGAAACUUUGGGCUAGGCAAAAACAUAAGAAGUUGCUGGCUGGCUACGAACUCAUUGAAGGCCAACCAGCAAGCCUGGAGCAAGAGGACACCUCUUUUCCAGACCCAAAAUCCAGGACCGCAAAGCUACCAAAAUGUAACAAGACAGAUACCAGAAACAGACUCAGCAUGGAUAUUGUUAGUCUGGAAAACGAGAACAGUCAUUCUCUCCUAAGUCAGACUGAGUCAAAGGAAGCCUGUGUAGUAAUUAGGAACACUCUGCCUGAGCAGUGGGAAGAUGCAAACAGUUUAAUUUCCAAAUUUGCCAGUAAAACGGAACGUAGGAAAUCACCGCGGCAUGUGGCCAAAGUCUUGCCGCAGAUUGCGUGUGAGAAGUGCGACGAAUCAUUCCGUGUUAUCAAGCAGUACCAAUCGCACAUGGAGCUCAGACAUGCCGUUAAUCUGGCUGUCAAGUACAGCUGCAACGCAUGUGAGCAGCUCUUCUCCACUCACCAGAACCUCCGGCAGCACCGCCUCACUGUUCAUAGUGAUGAGCGGGGCUUCUCCUGUGUGUUUUGCGACAAGAGGUUUAAGCGCCAGAAGGACAUAAACGACCAUAUCCGCAGGGUGCAUGAGAAGAAGCGGGAUCCCCAGGCCUGCCCAUACUGCGACAAGGUCAUCAGUUCCAAGUGCGGCCUGACAGUCCACAUACGAACACACACCGGGGAGAGACCUUAUAAAUGUGAACACUGCCCCGCCAGCUUUGCUCAGAGGUCUGCUUACAAUACUCACGUAAGAAAAAUCCAUGAGUCUGGGCAAGAGAGGAAACUUAUGCCUGUCUAUUGGAUGGUAGUUCCACCUGCGCAUAGACCAAAUGCAACAACCUGUGACAAAGAUCCUGACAGAGAGAUGUGGGAUGGGACAUCGGAGGCUGAACGACAAAAGUGUGCGAGGCACGAAGAGGCCAUGAGUCGUAAGGAAGAACCUGGGGGUUCCUCUGUUACUGAAGCAGACUGCAGCACUGAGCAAGAAGCACAGAAGCGGAAAUAUAAGGAAGCUGAAGCAAGAACGGAAAAAAUGAGUGAAGGAGGGAAUGAAGAUGAAGGUGAAAUGAGCGUGAAGGGCGAGGAGGAGGUAGAUUACGAAGCGGGGUAUUCAGAAGUUGAAGAUAGUAGAGAUAAUGAGGAGGUCUGUACUGAGGAGGACGAUGAGGAUGAUGAAUGCUCUAAUGAGAAGGAUGUUGAAGAACGUGAAUCAGAUGAAGGGUUUAAAAUAAAGAAGAUCCCAUACAGGGGAAAAGCCAUAUAUUUGCGAGGACUGUGGGGCUUGCUUUGCUGAUAAAGGCAAACUCACUGGCCACAAAAGGACCCACACAGGAGAGCGCCUAUUUAAGUGUGAUGUGUGUGGAAAACAUUUUGCCACCAACGAAUAUUUAAAAUGCCACAAACGAUGCCACAUGGGUGCUAAGCCCUACAAGUGCGAGGUUUGUGGGAAGGCGUUUGGACUGAGAGCCUCACUAGCCCAGCACAGUAACGUCCAUGCAGAGACCCGUCCGUAUUUCUGCGAGCAGUGCGGGAAAACGUUCACCCAACAGGGCGCUCUCCGGCGCCACCAGCGCAUUCACACUGGGGAAAAGCCGUACAAGUGCAGAGCUUGCGAGAGAACCUUCACAGACAUGUCCACCUUGCGCAGACACGUGUCGAUUCAUGACCGCAGUGUUCACUGGAGAAGUUUCUUAAUAGAUCUUACAACCAAAAAAGACCAUAAUUGGUCCAAAAUAGAAACAUUCUCAGAAGCCUGUAUGGGUGACGACUCCACGCCAGAAAUUUGGUCGGUUGACCAAGGUAAACUUUAUAAACCAGAAAGCGUUGUUCUUAAAGAAGCAGAACAUGUGCCAUCUAGUGCUAGUAACGCAGAAGACGCCGAUCACUC